AACUUCAUCUUAGCGAUAGAUCUUUUUGGAGUUGAGAGGCCAAAGACUUAACUAGUUUGUUGCAAGAUGGCGGGAGGAACUAUUGUAUCCACUGGUCCGAUUAAGAACUACAAUGGUGGGAUGACAACCUUUGUUUUUGUCACCUGUUUUGUCGCGGCCACCGGUGGUUUGAUUUUCGGAUAUGAUCUUGGGAUUUCAGGGGGAGUGACUUCUAUGAAUGAAUUCCUUGAGAAAUUCUUCCCUUCAGUGUACAAGAAGAUGAAUGAUGGAUCUAGUAAAGAAAGUCAGUACUGUAAAUUCGACAGUGAACUACUAACUAGCUUCACAUCUUCACUCUAUGUUGCUGCACUGGUAGCUUCCUUCUUCGCGUCUGCAAUAACUAGAGUCUUUGGCCGGAAGAUCUCAAUUUUGAUAGGAGGGAUUGUGUUUCUUGUGGGCUCCAUCGUCAAUGGUCUCGCUCAGAAUGUUGCAAUGCUAAUCAUUGGUCGCUUACUACUUGGUGUGGGAGUCGGUUUCGGCAAUCAGUCUGUCCCUGUGUAUCUAUCUGAAAUGGCACCAGCAAAACUAAGAGGGGGACUCAACAUGGGAUUCCAAUUGGCCAUUACAAUUGGUAUUUUGGUUGCAAAUCUUGUGAACUAUGGCACAGCCCAGAUGAAAUCAAAUGGGUGGAGAUGGUCUUUGGCUAUCGCGGCGGUUCCGGCAAUAAUAAUGACCGUUGGAUCACUUUUAUUGCCGGACACCCCAAACUCUCUACUUGAAAGAGGCCAUAUGGAGAAGGCGAAAUCAAUGUUGCAGAAGGUCCGUGGCACCUCUGAUGUUGAUGAAGAGUUCCAAGACCUUAUGGAUGCAAGUGAGCAAUCAAAGCUGGUUGAGCACCCAUGGAGAAACAUCAUUCAGCCUAGGUACAGGCCUCAGCUCGUCAUGGCCAUUCUCAUUCCCUUCUUCCAGCAACUCACUGGUAUCAAUGUUAUCAUGUUCUACGCACCAGUACUCUUCAAGACAUUGGGCUUCGGCGACAAUGCCUCGCUCAUGUCUGCUGUCAUUUCCGGCCUUGUUAAUGUGGUUGCAACCUUCGUCUCCAUUUUCUCUGUCGAUAAGGUCGGCCGAAGGUUCUUGUUCCUCCAAGGUGGCAUUCAGAUGAUCAUCUGCCAGAUUGUUGUAGGAGUGGUCAUUGGAUUGAAGUUUGGGAUCAAUGGAGAAGGAUCCUUGUCAAAGGGAUAUGCUAAUCUGGUGCUGAUCUUGAUUUGCAUUUACGUGGCGGCAUUCGCUUGGUCAUGGGGUCCUUUGGGAUGGCUAGUACCCAGUGAGAUCUUCCCACUUGAGAUCAGAUCAGCAGGUCAAGCCAUCAAUGUAUCUGUAAACAUGUUUUUCACCUUUAUUAUAGCUCAAGUGUUCCUCGCUAUGCUUUGCCACAUGAAGUUUGGUCUCUUCUUAUUCUUCGCCGCAUGGGAAAUUGUGAUGACAAUCUUCAUCUACUUCUUCUUGCCGGAGACGAAGAAUGUACCAAUUGAAGAGAUGAACAGAGUAUGGAAGCAACACUGGUUCUGGAGUAAGUAUAUCCCAGACGAGGCUAUCACCGGUGGCAUCCAACUCCCAGCUGGGAAGACUGUUGCCUAAAUAAAUAAAGUUGGAAUAUGAUCAAGAGGACUAUGGAGGAAGAGUACUUUCAGUAAAU